AUGCGACCUGUACUCCUCCUCGUGAUGCUCACGGCGGCCCAGGCCGUGAUCUGCCGUGCCUCCCUCGAAACGAACCCAUCCGACGAGCAGUGUGCCGCCUGGAUCGCAGCAUACCGAGCCGAUCAUCCUGUGCUGGACAAGCAGGCCCUGAACGGCACUCGGCCCAGCCAGGUGUACUUCAUGCACAUCCCUCGCACCGGCGGCAAGACGUGUUUCUCCUGCUUCCUCAAGUCAGCUGUGCCACCCUCCCAGCGCUGCCUCAAGGCGUAUGACGGGCCUCGCCUUGCCCUCAGCAGCCCCAGCUGCGGCCUCAUCUCCAGCCACGAUGACUACAGCCUGGUGGAUAGUCUCCAGCCUGGGGUGGCGGUGGUCACUCAGCUCAGGGACCCCACCUCCCGCGUGAUCAGCGCCUACGAAUUUGCCGUGAGCGUGGCGGCAGAGAGCCUGGGGGCCGGGGGGGAGGGCCCGAGCCUCCAGGCGCCUGAGCACCUCAACUAUGUGAACACGAUGGAGGUCUGGCCCUGGUCCAUCCUCAUCCCCUGGUUCAGGCGCAACAUGCAAGCCCGCCUGGAGGGGCUCAGGAAGGAGGCGACCAGAGAUGGCACCACCACAUGGCUGAAGUUCAAGACCAGGAAGGGGCAGGUGUACUGGUGGAACAGGUCCACCAACGCGACCUCCCUCACCGCCCCCACCCCCAUGGCGACGCUGGAGCCAUACAGUAACCCAUUAGUCAUGCCGUUGGCGGAGUGGAUAGAGCACCCCAUCGCGCGGGAGCUGGUGCACGAGGGCGCUACCCUGCAGCUGCUGGGCAUCAGCAACGUCUCGCGCUGGGGUGGCGAGGCCACCCGCCUCCGCCGCUGCUUCCACGCCCAUGCGCCGGCGCGUGCUGAGCUGGCGGCGCUGGCGGCCCGCCGCCUGGACGGCCUGGCUGGGGCGGGCACCCUGGAGCAGCUGCAUGCCUCCGUGGAGGCGCAUGCGGACGCGCUGGGCAUCUCACUGGAGGGGCCCGCGUACCGCAACCCGGACGAGUGGACAUGGUCUUUUGACCCUGUUGAGGGGGCCGACUUGGACGCCCGCCUGACCGUGCGGUUCCCGGCGCGGGCGGGGGUCUCAGCGCCCAGCGCCCCCAGCACCAUGACGCUGAGGGAAGCGAGGCGGCACCUCAUGUCCCUGCACGAAAGCCUCAUCGCAGCACGGGAGGCCCAGGCGCUCCUCCAGCCGCGCCUGGCCUACAUCCUGAAGGCGGAGGAGGAGUGGCUGGGGGUCGCGCCCGGCCGGACCCUGGCGGCCAGUCCCCUCGGGCAAGAAAUCGCGGCGCUGGACGCCGUGCUGGCCAAGAAGCAGGAGGAGGUCGAGCGUCUGACGGCCAGGCUGGAGGCGCUCAGGGCGGCCGGGGUUAUCGCGAGCCUGGCCGAGGCGCAGGGGCCCAGCGUGCAGGUUGUGCCGGACCGGCACUUCCUCUUGCCGGAGCCCCUUGGCCCUGCCUUUGUGCGAUGUGCCAGGGGGCCCGCGUACCGCAACCCGGACGAGUGGACAUGGUCUUUUGACCCUGUUGAGGGGGCCGACUUGGACGCCCGACUGACCGUGCGGUUCCCGGCGCGGGCGGGGGUCUCAGCGCCCAGCGCCCCCAGCACCAUGACGCUGAGGGAAGCGAGGCGGCACCUCAUGUCCCUGCACGAAAGCCUCAUCGCAGCACGGGAGGCCCAGGCGCUCCUCCAGCCGCGCCUGGCCUACAUCCUGAAGGCGGAGGAGGAGUGGCUGGGGGUCGCGCCCGGCCGGACCCUGGCGGCCAGUCCCCUCGGGCAAGAAAUCGCGGCGCUGGACGCCGUGCUGGCCAAGAAGCAGGAGGAGGUCGAGCGUCUGACGGCCAGGCUGGAGGCGCUCAGGGCGGCCGGGGUCAUCGCGAGCCUGGCCGAGGCGCAGGGGCCCAGCGUGCAGGUUGUGCCGGACCGGCACUUCCUCUUGCCGGAGCCCCUUGGCCCUGCCUUUGUGCGAUGUGCCAGGCGCCAGCAUGGCGGACAGGGCCCCAGAGACAGGCCCGGGUUCCCCCCUGCCUCGCAAGCCGGGUACGGCCAGCAGCAGGCCCCCCAGCGGGCCCCCGCCCCCUGGGGCUCUGGGGAGGACACCGGGCCCUCCGACUACGCCCCCAUGCCUCCUCCGGGCUACAUGCCGGCCUCCCGUCCGGGCGCCUACCCCAUGUCCCUGCAGCAGCAGCAGCAGCAGGCCGCCUACGCCUCGCAGCAGUACCAGCAGGCGGCGGCGUACCAGCAGGCGGGGCAGCAGAUGAAGCAGUACGAGAUGCAGUACACGCCCGACUGGGUCAACCCCUAUCAACAGUACCCCUACUCCUUCAGCGGGCAGUUUGCAGGGUACAUGCCCUACCCCGUCAUGCCACCUGGCAGCGACCCGGUGCAGGAGGGACCGCCGCCCGAGUCCAUGGCCCCGCCGUCGGCGCAGGCGCCCCAGACGGGAGCGGCAGACCCGCCAAGCGCCGACGAGGCGGAGGAGGAGGAGGAGGCGCGUGCGGUGAAGAGGCCGCGCCUGAUUUGGACGGACGCGCUGCACCGCCGCUUCCUCGAGGCCCUGGAGACCAUCGGCGGGGUGGACAAGGCUCCCCCCAAGGCCAUCAUGAAGGAGAUGGGCGUGACGGGGCUGACGCGGGAGAAUGUGGCCAGCCAUCUCCAGAAGUACCGAAUGCGCCUGAAACGCGGCGAGGAGGUGGAAGGCCAGGGCAUGAACUCGCCCCUGCAGGGGUCCUGGUACGAGUGCGCACUGACCCCGCAAGCUCCCUCGGAGGCGGCCGACGCGGCGCAGGGGCCGGGAGAGCCCUGA